UCAGAUCUGGAAACCUUUUUGACGGAUGUUCUUAAAGGGGAGAAUUUGAGCAAGAAGGCAAAAGAAAGAAAGGAUGCCUUUAUCAAGCGGAUUAAAGAUGUAAAAUCGAGCUACUCUCAGGAUUUCAAGGACAAACAGUGACUCUUGAAUAUCUCGGCAACAUGGCUGAGUGCCACUCAGUGCAACUGGAGAUAAAGCAAACAAACAUAUCUCACCACCUGAGCACCAUAUCCAAAUUCUUGUGCUAUCAGAUAUCCCUGUCUCCAGGCAACAUAUAUAAUAUCUGAUAUAUAUUGUUACUGUGUCUUUCUGGUUGAGGGUUGAAUUUGUGGCCUUCUAUGCUGAUGAAGACUCUAUUAUGUAGGAGAUGAAGAGUUCACUGAGAUGGAUGAGGCGGACGCCAAUAAUGACGGCGGAUCGCUCCACUCAGAGCAGACUGACAGGGAUGAGGAUAAUGCUUAUGAUGGAGUUCAGCAGUCUCCUCCGGUGGCAGCUCAAGACCUUCCAUCCGUUUUGAAGAGUGGUUACCUGGAGAAGCGCAGGAAAGAUCACAGUUUCUUUGGCAAUGAGUGGCAGAAGCGAUGGUGUGCCUUAAGCAACACUUUAUUCUACUACUACGGCAGUGAGAAAGAUAAACAGCAGAAGGGAGAGUUUAAUAUUGUUGGCUACACUGUCAAAAUGAACAAUAAUCUGCGGAAAGAUGCUAAGCGAGAUUGUUGCUUUGAGAUCUCUGCUCCAGACAAGCGUGUAUAUCAGUUUUGUGCUGCCUCUGAGAAAGAUGCAAAGGAGUGGGUGGAGCAAAUUCAAUUUUUGAUUAAAGACAUGGAUGGAAUCAUUCCUGAAGAUGAAGAGGAGUAUGAUGACUGCUUGGCCAUGACCUCAUCUAUCAGGACUGUGACCUCAUCAACCAUACCCGCAGCUAUCGAUGACGAGAUCUAUGAAGUACUCCCUGAGGAAGAUGUACCCCAGCCAGCUAAAGCACCAGUAACCCUGGCCAACAAGCCCACACCACCAUCUGCCCCAGUGACAGCAGUGAACAAGAGUACAGACUAUGCAAACUACUUUCAGGGCUUGUGGGAUUGCGCCAGUGAGCAACCCGAUGAGCUGUCCUUUAAGAGGGGAGACACCAUCUACAUCCUCAGCAAGGAGUAUGACACCUUUGGCUGGUGGGUGGGGGAGACGAAAGGGGCCAUUGGAAUUGUGCCCAAGGAGUAUGUUAUGGAAUUGUAUGCUCUGUAAGGGACUUGAGGGACCCCUCCAUGGCCUGCUGUUGUAGCUUCAUGCACUGCCAUGUUUCACAAGCCACUGUCUAUUUAACUGUUUCUAUCAUUCUGUGUAGGAUGUAAAGCAAACUGUUAUUUCAAAAGCACAAGUAUUUGUAAAAUAUAUGUGAUGAAAGAUGUGAGUAGACAUGAUGCUUGACAUUUAAUCCACGUGUGCUCCAGUAUUUAAUAAGAAUGACUGAGUGAAUGUAAAUCUUUUUUGUUAUCAAAAGCAUAAAUAUAUCAUAAAUAUGUUAUGAAAGGUUGUGUAAGAAUGAAUUAAAAGCAUGUGUGUUAAUGCUUUCAGAAAAUGCUCUGAGCCUUUCUUAAAGCCGAUUGAGUUGAUUGUGGCCACCAGGUGGAAGCAGUGUAUCAUGUGUGUUCAUGUCAAGCUUUGCAUCAGAAUAUUUCAAGACAGAUGUGCAAUGUCUUUAUUUCAGACGGCAGCACCAGCAGAUGAUUUUUUUGAUCAUUGGAUGACAUUUUUCCAAAGGAUCAGACAACAUGUGAGACAUUUCUCUACAUAGACUGUCAGUGUUGUUUGUACGUACGAUCAAUAUGUACCAGUAUGUUACAAACCAACUGGAAACAAAAUGUCUGACCUUUUUAUGCAGAAACAUAACAAACAAAUCAAAUAGCAGUUAUUCAGGUGUGGAAUUAAUUAUCUGGUGUAGAAGAACUGUUUGGCACAUCGGACUGUCUCUUCAUGGUCCAUGCGCUCCGCUGCGUUGACAUCCACAAAUAUCUGGGCACUGAAGUGAGAAACUUAAUUAAAACACAUGUCAGGCCGUUACCUUCUCUGCCAAGAAGAAUGUGCCCAUACGAAUUGUUACUAGCAUAUUAACUCGUUCAGCCAAGCUUCACACAAUAUAAAUACUAAAGACAUUUUAAUUAGCUCAUUACAUAAUCCUAUAUAAUACUGCAGUUGAUAGACAAUAAUACUCUUGAAACUUCUGUUUAAAUUUAGUAACAUAUAUGAGCAAUUUAAACCAAAUCUGUUAACAUUGUAAGUUUUGAUUGUCAAGAUUUUAGGUUCUCUGAUUUAAGAAAUCUACACUCACUGAGCACUUUAUUAGGAACACUAUGGUUCUAAUAAAGUGCCCAAUGUGGUCUUCUGCUGUUGUAGUCCAUCUGCCUUAAGGUUCGACAUGUUGUGCGUUCUGAGAUGCUGUUCUUAUCACUACAAUUGUACAGGGCGUUUAUCCGAGUUACCGUAGCUUUUCUGUCAGCUCGAACCAGUCUGGCCAUCCUCCAUUGACUUCUCAAAUCAACAAGGCAUUUCCAUCCACAGAACUGACGCUCACUGGAUGUUUUUUGUUUUUGGCACCAUUCUGAGUAAACUCUAGUGACUGUUGUGUGUGAAAAUCCCAGGAGAUCAACAGUUAAAGAAAUACUCAAACCAGCCCGUCUGGCACCAACAAUCAUGCCACGGUCAAAAUCACUGAGAUCACAUUUUUUCCCCAUUCUGAUGGUUGAUGUGAACAUUAACUAAAGCUCCUGACCUAUAUCUGCAUGAUUUAAUUUUGUUUUGCUCUCGUAGCUGUGCUUCCUGAUUACAUUCUGAGAAAUGAAUGAAUGGAAGAAAUCUGGAACAGUGACUCCCCUGACUGAAUUUGUCCAGUCUGUUAAAGAAUCAGCACUAAUUACGGAGCUCAGGAUGGAGAGGAUGUUUCCACUGAGCCUAGUGUGUGUUAAAUUCACAUCACAUGUCAGUAGCUCACUCCUCUCUGUCAGGGAAGGAGAGAGAGAAGAGGAGAAGAAGGGAGAGGACGGGAUGGUAGCUGUGAGAGGGGUGGAGGUAAGACACCUGUCUAGGGAAGUGGGGAUUCAUUAGUAUUCAUUAUACAUUUCCCACAAGUUCCUGAGCAGUGCGGAGAGAGGAGGGGCUGCAUCCAUCUCCUCCACAGAGAGAAAUAGAGAGGAACGUGAUGUCAUAGAAGAGGAUGUUCAGCCGAAUGGAGUGUCCAACUGCAUGAAAUUCAGCACUAGAUUUUCUGCAGCUAGUGAGGUGGUGUAGUCUCUGAAUUUCCUCCUUUGUGAAUUCCUGUUAUAACCACUUCCUGUCAAUGGACUCAAGGAGUCCUGUUCUGUCAGUAACAAAGUAAAACUAAACAACUACUUUAAUAUAAUGCAAUAACCACAAGAUCAAUACAGUUGUAUGUUCGUAGAUCAACCAGUAGUGCAUGAGCAUGACCCUUGAAAUUCCAAGGUCAGGGUACACACAUACUGAUGCACACAGGAAAAUGGCGUGUUUAUAUUUUUCCACCCAAAUUCAGAUCUGACGUGCCGAAUUACGGAAAAGCGUCACCAUGUGGCGAAUGUUCAUGCCGUGAAAAAUGCCUGCACUGUGCCUUUGAUGUCAUUUCCCUUUUGAUCUUCGGCUAGUGGAUACUAUAUUUGCAAAGAAGAAAGUGUAAGAAUAGUAUUUUGAUCUCUGUACUGUCAUGGUUUGGAUUAGGGUUAUGUCUGGUGGAAGACACAGUGUGUCCUAAAAUUCAAAACCAUUGUUUUCUAUGAAUGUACACACACUUUGGAGGCUGCUCAAAAGUCUGCCACGCCACAGAGAGCCACUCACAUAGCUUUCCAAUAAAUUCAACCCAAAUCGUUAUCAAGGGGCACGGAUUAUUUACUUUAGCCAUGGCCAGAAGAUAGUGUGUGUGUGUGUGUGUGUGUGUGUGUGUAUGUGUAUAUAUAUAUAUAUAUAUAUAUAUAUAUAUCUUUCUUAUAGCCAACACAAUGUAUUUUCAUCAACAAGCAUGUCUUUUUGUGGCUUGACAGCUUGCAUGAAGACUACACACAGAGCAAUUGCAUAAAAAAGGUCACUGUUUCUAAUCAUUCAGUUUGUGCAGUUGCGCAACAGUUUUAUACACUAACCUGCAAAGUCAUCUACGUCACUUUGUUCAUUAUUGAAGAAGGGCUAAAACGUUUGUAACUUUUGUCUGUACAGUGACUAUAAACAGCUUUGGACUGCCACCUGCACCACAUUGUUGGUUCCUGUGUGUUUUACCUGUGUCUUGUCUUAUGGCCUUUGUACACCAAAUCGGAAACGAAUUGCCGACAAAUGGACCUUUCACAUUAAAAGCGAGGCGACUGAUUGCUGAACACAUUCACGCCUUUACAAUAGAUGCCUAAUUUUACCUCAGUAUGGUAGGUGGUGCAAAGCACCUUUCAGCUGGUCUGCCCUUCGCCCAUCACGGAUGAGAUGAACUAGUUGACAACUUCAAUAGUAAACAACCAUGAUAUCACAAUACGAAAGACAAGCAAACGAGUUCUCAAGCGAAAGAGCCGAUCGGAAAAAUACAACUCGUCUCUCUACAAGCAGCGAUGACAAGUGUGGAAAAAACAUUCGAGACACUUUCACAAACUAUUGCAAUUCACCUGCUGGACAAGUUGACUGACAGUAUUAUCAUGCAGACAAUGUCUGAGGGUUUAAAAUAACUGCAUAAUGCACUUACAUAAUGACUGUUAAAACAACUGUUGUCAGUCGGAAAAAUCAUUAUUGUAUCUUAUUGCCAUGUACAUCUACUUAUAUUAUACAUUUGCUCAAAACCCUGCAUGUAACGAAUGAAACAUGACAGCAUGUAAAUGCUCCAAGAGCCUGUAUAAUGCAACCAACAAAACUCAUCUUCAGUCUGCCAUAUUAAUAAAUACUUUACUGUUAACGACAGUACAGCUGUUAAUGCCUGUUAACGAUAACACAGCAAUAAAGUUGACAUAAUUUUGUGGACAAACCAACAUGUCUUUGGUAUAAAGGCACAAAGUGCACUGCAAGUCACAGCAAUAGUAUAAAUAUUAUUAAUAUGCAAAUUAAAUAAACAUCCUCACUGCUGUUUCAUUAUUUCUUCCUUGAGUUACUUCACCAUUUAAUGUCGGUGGUCAAAACAGCUUUCUGUACUUAAGCGCCGUCAAUUGCGCUAGUAUUGGUAACUGCAGCGGCUCCUGACACAUGAUCCAAAGCUCAUAUUUGAUUGGUCAGGGCAUUUCAUCACCGAACAAAGAAAAAAAAAUUGUCUGCGCAUGAAUGUACGCUCAACGUGUGAACUGGCUUCAUAGUAAUCCAUUGUUUCUAUUCAAAAUAUUAAACGCGGUGAGAUAUCAUGGUGAAAAACGACCUGGCAUUGUGCUUCUCGUCCGCUGUGUGAGCGGCUUUAUGGUUAAGGUUUGGGUUGGGAGUAUAUUAACGUAAUUAAUAAUUAUUCAGAUGUUUCUGAACAUUGAACAUGCUGUGUCUUUCACUUCACAUCCAUUCAAGGAAGUAAGUGAAAGAAUGCAGUUUUGGCCUUUGUACUGUUUCACAUGUGCAUAAUUGUAGUUCCAGCUUUGAACACUGGGGACAGUUUGGACAUUUGGAAAGAACAGAUCCGUUUGAGCAGACAACACAAUUGGCCCUCUUGUUGAUUUUCCUGUAGGAUAGAAAUUUAUAGAUUGAUUGCACUGUAAGCGUCUGCUAAAUGAAUAGUAAAUUAGUGAAAAUGUAAAAAACAUUGAAUACCUUCUACAAAAGCGAGCAGUAUUAAAAGAACAUUCAGUUACUAUUCAGUCCAGGUCCUGUUUUUUUAGUGGCUUGGAGGUUUGCUGCAGCAGAUGGGCUGCCCCGCUGUGUGCCUGAUUAAAACACUGAAGCUGGGGCGUGCUCAUAACAACAUCACCAGCUCCUGUCAUCUCAAGCCAGGGAACAAAUCAGCCUUCCUGCAGCUCUGCUCAGAGGAAAAAGUGGGGCCCAGCCAAGGGCAUGGGUCCUCACGUUUUAGGACUGCCUGACUGUCAGUGUUUACAAGCUCUCUUCCUGUGCAUUCACAGAUGAUAGUCAUGAAAAUCAAAGCUGGAGGUGCAGAUGGCAAGUCCAUAUGUGGAAAGUUCUAGAGAGGUGGAGAAGAAAUGGAGAGAGCACUCUCUGUAGACUGCACUGCAAGUAUUGAAGCAUUGAUUAAAUAAGCUGCUCCACAUAGACUGGUCACUAUUGACUCUAUUGAUUAUGGGGAACAUGAAUGUUUGAAGAUAAAAGCUUAGGUUUAUGAGGUCAUGCAAUACACUUAGAAAGCCAAAACUCAGUAACUAUGCUUAUACUGAAGCUGAGAAGAAUGGCUUCAAAGUUGUUUGAUAUUCUAGAUUGUCUCACUCUGUUCUUAGAAUCUGAACAUGAGCCAAACCUGUUUGUCACAGGACAGAUCAAAAGACUGAAUCGCGAUCAUGACUCAAUUUUGACAAUAUGUAGUUACUGCAUUGUGCCUUUGCAGGGCAGUAUAUAAAACAGGAUCAUUAUAGUAAAGUAUACUAAACAGUGAUAGUGGAGACAAGUAGACCCUGGUAGAUGGGUAGCAUUUGUGAUUGAACAAAGCAGGGUGGAGUGUCUUUGUCUAUUGUGCCGAUGAUAUAGUGAGCUGGAGGCUCAGAGCAGAAUGAUUUGGAGCCAACCCUCUGUCCUCUGGGUGACAUUCAAAGCCUCCAUAAAUCCUGCUCUUUAUGGGGCCAGUUUGCCAUAAGCCCACAGCCUAAUUGGAGAUGUAAUGAAUUACCAUAAUUAGUCAUAGGCGGUUUUACAUUAAAUGGGAGGUGUGUGAGCCGCAGGGAGCAGUCCAUCAUAGCAAAGCGAGAUCUGUGUGCAUGGACAGCAGAGAUACUUCUAGAAGCUGUCUAAUCAGAGAUAAGAUGUGGUUUCGCACUUGCUGUCUGAUUUUAAGCUUCAAACUAAGAAGGGUGAUUAAAUGUUUAAGGCUAUAUCCAGAAUAUCAUGUAAUUUGGCAUUUUGUUGGUCUGCUAUCCACCGAUAGAUUCCUAGAUCUUAUUUGAAGAUUGCAAUGCCCCUGUGCUAUUAAAAAUCUGCAUAAUUUCAAGAGAUUUGCUUAAUUUGGUCAUAUUAUCGAACAUCCUGCAUAUAGGGGGCAGUCUCCCCAUCCUUUGCCUCUUCAGCAUAAUUUGAGCAGUGAUGAAAGAGCUAUGGCACUGGCUGUCAUAGAAGGCCGUUUUGCUAAAUAUUACCAUCUGAUUUUAUAGGCUAAUAAAUGAUUGAGUUAAUGGAUCUGCACUCCUUCCCCUGCUCUGCUCCGGAGAGCUGCAUAUCCUUUAUUACAUUUUGUUGGAAAAGUAUAGGUUUCACAAGUAUACCACAGAACAAUUAAUCUGAAGACCAUUAAAUUCUUGUAAGGAUGCUAAAACACUAAAAAUUAAAACGGGCAAAUGGAAAAGAAGUUUGAUGAGUCA